UUCAGAUCCAGAAGCUGAUCGUUGUAGCUUCUAUAAUCUCCUGACAACAGCGUGCGUCUAUUUCGGCUGACCUAGCGCGAGAAGACAGACAUGGCGGCAGCAGUAGGCGAGGUCAACCUGAAGCCACGACAGGUCACCCGACUGAGGCGAGAGGAGGAGGAGGAGAGCUGGAUCAGCGGGGAGGAACUGUACACGGAGGGCAGCAGUGAGGAUGAGGGCGCCUCUUCCUCCUCGUCCUCCGCCCACGCCCACGCCCGCCACAUCCCCCAGGCGGACCACAAAAGGACCUGCCCCGUCCCCCCCCACUCGCCGCCCACGACUCCGCCCUCGGCCGCGUCGGAACCAGCCCAGCAGGACGACCCGCACCUCACAGAAACCACGAGGAGACUGUCACAGAUGGGGCUAGACCAGAGCGCAGACUCCACGGGCGCCAUUGGAGGAGCUGGGACCGAAAGCGAUGAGGUCGAAGAGCAAGAGGAGGUGAUGCUUUGGCGGCCCAAGCGAGGAUCUAUUAAACUCCCUCAUGUAGAUCUCGAUCCUCCUGCUCCUCUUCUGGAACAGGUUUCGGGGUGAAAAGCCGAUGAUGAUGAUCCUCCUCCUGCCCCCCCCUGCCCCCUCCUCAUGGUGCCCUCUUCCAUGCCCGGAGCCCCAUUCAUGAAGGAUCUGGAAGACAAAAAGAAAAGCGGAGAAGGAAGGACUUUUUUGGUCGAAGAAUUUUUUUUUUUUUUUUUUUUUUUUUUUUUUUUUUGAGAUUGAGACUUUUUUUUUGUUCUUUUAUUCCUUUUAAGAGUAUUUUUUUUCUCUUUUCAUUUUAUCAAAUUGAAUUUUUUUUCUUUCUUUUUAUCAUAUUGACUUUUUUUUAUUCCUUUCCUUUUUUUGUUAAGAUUUGAUUUUUUUUUUUUUUCCUUUGAUUUUUUAGUAUUGGCCUUUUUUUUUCUUUUUUUUUUCCUUUUUGAAGACUUUAACUUUUUUCAUAUAUUUUUCCUCAUUGUCUUUUAAAAGGAAAGUCAUACAGGGGGGGGGGGGGCACUCAGAGGAUAGGCUUUCCUCACAUUUAUCAUAACUUACACCUGCUAUGACCACAGAGGUAUAUAUUUUACUUCAGCAAGCUUACUUGGCAUAUCAAUAACUAUGCUGACAGAUACAGGCAUUGUAGCUUUAGAGUUUUAGAUACUUUACAUAAUGUGAAAAAAAAAUAAUAAUAAUAAUAUGAUAGUGAUACAGUUUCAUGUAAUUUUAUAACCUAACACUCGACACCAGAUACUUUUUCUGGAAAGCUUUUAGAUAAUAUGGUAAUCUUCAUUGACAAAAAAAAAAAGAA